CACAACCCCGCGCGGACCGACUCAAGCCGCACUUCAGCUCACGCAAGCCUACCGACAACCCAGAACAAACGCGGCGGACAAACUUAGGAAACUUUUCUGGAAGUUGUCGGCAAAACACGAGGUAGGAGUCAGAAUUUAGCGGACGGUACAAGCGAAGUGGAGUUUUUUUCUUCUUCUACAAGUGGACACUUGACGAUGGUCCGGUUGCGCAGAGAAACAGCGAGUCUGUAGAAAGGGAUGGCGUCCGCAGGUGUUCUUCUGUCUGAGGAGCAGGUCCAGUGUUCCAUCUGCCUGGACGUGUACACCAAGCCCGUGUCCACGCCCUGCGGACACAACUUCUGCCUGACCUGUAUCAAAGACUACUGGGACACUUCUGACCAGUACUCCUGCCCCUUAUGUAAGGAGAAAUUCAACAUCAGACCUAAGCUUCGUGUCAACACCUUCAUCGCUGAAAUGGCCGACCAGGUCAAGAGUUUAGGUGUGGCUGAACCGACACCUCUCACCCAGAAACAAGCCCUUAACAACCCUGGUUUAGUGUCCUGUGACGUCUGCACUGGGGCAAAGCUCAAGGCUGUCAAGUCCUGCCUGGAGUGUCAGACGUCCUACUGUGAGACCCACCUGGAGCCUCAUCAGAUUGCCCCGGCCCUGAAGAAACACCAGCUGAUGGACCCUGUGGAGAACCUGGAGGACAGGGUGUGUCAGAAGCAUGGGAAACCCCUGGAGCUGUUCUGUAGAGCAGACCAGACGUGUGUGUGUCAGUUCUGUACUGAGACAGACCACAAGGCUCACGAGACUGUCCCCAUAGAGGAAGAGUCAGAGGCGAGGAAGACUCAGCUGAGGAAGAUGAAGGUCCAACUGGAGGAGAUGAUCCAGGGGCGACAACAGAAGAUGAAGGAACUGCAACUCUCAGCAGAGACCAAGAAGAUGGAGGCAGAGAAGGAUGUAGAAGAGAGCAGGCAGGUCUUCACUGCCCUCAUGCUCUCCUUUGAGAGAAGCCAGGACGAGCUGAUCGAGGUCAUUGAGGAGCAGCAGAGGGAAGUGGAGAAGAAGACUGCAGAGAUGAUUAAAGAGCUGGAGCAGGAAAUCACUGAUCUACUGAAGAGAAGCGCUGAUCUGGAGGAACUCUCUCACUCUGAAGACCACCUCCUCAUUUCCCAGAGCCUCCCUGCCCUCCGCUCCCUCCCAGAGAGCAAGGACAGGGCUGGGGUCAGAGUUCAAGGGGAUCUGUGUGUGGAGCCUGUGUUGAAAGCUCUGUCUCAGCUGGAGAAGAUGGUCCAGGAAGUGACGCUGCCUGACAUCAAGCUGAGGUGGAUGAAGAAGUGUGGGGUGGAUGUGACUCUGGACCCGGACACGGCACACCCUGAUCUCAUCCUCUCUGCAGACAGGAGACAGGUGAAACUGGGAGAAACAAAUCCGAAAAUCCACGACAAACCAGGCAGGUUUGACUAUGUUGUCUGUGUUCUUGGAAAAGAAGGCUUCUCCUCCGGGAGGUUCUACUAUGAGGUGGAGGUGAAGGAGAAGACCCGGUGGAUUCUCGGCGUGGCCAAAGAGUCCAUCAACAGGAAGGGGCCAUUUAAGCGCAGUCCUGCUAAGGGACACUGGGCUGUAGGCUUGAUGGGUGAUACUGGGUACACAGCUCAUGCUGGACCUGAUCUUCCUCUCUCCCUGAGCCAGAAGCCCCAGAAGGUGGGGGUGUUCGUGGACUACGAGGGGGGGGAAGUCACCUUCUAUGAUGUGGAGGCCAGGUGCUGUAUCUACUCCUUCACUGGAUGGGUCUUCAGAGAGAAGAUGUUCCCCUGCUUCUCCACUGGGCUUAACAAUGACGGCAGAAACUCUGGACCCCUCAUCCUCAGUCCUGUCCUGUAAGCCCCACCUCAU